AUGUCAUUUGUCUGCUUCUUCCAGGCUUUGCUUUCGCAGGAUUUGUUUGCUUUUUUUUCAUUCAUUUAUUCAUUCACAUUUCUUUCUUUCUUUUUGACGAAUUUCUUUUGUCGACUUUUUCUUUUUUUACUUGAAUUUCUUUCUUUCUUUUUUGUCAAGUUUUUUUUUUGUAUUUUGUCGAAUUUCUUUUUUUUUCUCGCAUUUAUUGGUCUUUUUCAUUUUUCAUUUUUCUUAAAUCUUUCGAAUUUCUUUCUUUCUUUUCCUCCUAUUCCUUUCUUUCUUUCUUUCUUUCUUUCUUUCUUUCUUUCUUUCUUUCUUUCUUUCUUUCUUUCUCAUUCCAGCCUUUCUCUUUAUCUAUCUCUCUCUCUUUCUCUAUUUCUUUAUCUCCUAUUUCUUUGUUCUUUUUUUUUUUAUUUGACCGUCAAUUCUUCUUUUAUCUCUUCUUUCCUUUGUUUUUCUUCCUGUUAA